UCAAAGAAGGUGGAGUAUAUUUAUUUGAUGCCAUGUGGUCCACCCUCUACACAGCACUGCGCCAACACUUCUUCAGUUUACCCUUAAACACAGACUCCCCUUUAACCAGCCUCUUCACCUAUGUUCAUAGGUAUGGACAACCAGGGAGGGGCACAGAGUUGGGGUCCUGUGUGGGGUAUGAGCCCUGCCUGAACCUAGUGGGGACUCCUGGUUACCCUUGUCCCAGGCCCCAGGAUGGAUGUGUCAGCCCCUGUGUGACCCGCCCAAGGCCGGGAAGAGACUCCUGAGCAACCAGGAAGGAAUCCAGGCAUCCUGUAGGACCGGUCAUCCUUCCAGAAUGCUCCCCAAAAGGGCAGCUUGUCAGAUGCCUCACACCAGUGCUAUUUAAAGGUGCUCCCUUGGGGCAUCAGCCCAGGACAGGGCUGCAGGGGCCUAGGGUGGGGACAGCGACUCAAGGCUGAGUCAGGCUCAGACCUGCUGGCUGCGGGCCAUUGUGGGUUACCAGGAGACCACGGGUGUUGCAUGAGUCUUGGGUGUGGCGGUAGAGACAGCAGGUGUGGGGUGGACACAACUGCCCCAUUCUUGCUGUGCAGAUUCUGUCCUUCUGACCCCAGUGUCCCUCAACUGUUGUGACACUGCUGGCGCCGGCCUCACAAUCUCCAAUUUGAAGGAGACACCUUUUACAUGCCAACCCGGCUGGUCAGACCGACACCCACAGAACGUUCUGGUUCAGUCCCCACGAGGCAUCUCCAUCCGGUUGUGUCUGCCUUCAUUGUCACUUGUGGGUCUCUAUCUCUCACAUUCUCUGUCUCCAUUCCUCUCUCCAUUUCUACCCCUCUCCAUCUCCAUCCCUGUUUCUAUCUCUGUCUCUCCCUCUCCAUCCCGCCCCCACACUGGCACCCAAACUGCACCUGCACCCUGGAGUCCCCCUCCUUGUGGGUGGGCGACAAACAAGCGCGUGCAGCCUAGUUGAGCCCGAGGCCGGAGGGCCACCCCCGUGUGCCCAUUGGUCGGCCCUGUUCCCACCCUGCUCUCGCGGCUCCCCAUUGGCUGCUGGCCCUCCCCGCCCCCGCCAAGCAGCUGGUCCUCCGCGGCCGACCCGGCGCAGGUGGGGAUGCGGCUGUGGCUGGGCCUGGCCUGGCUGCUGCUGCUGGCGCCGGGCGCUGCGGGGCAGUCGCACCUGACCGGGUACCCGCACCUGGAGGGCGACGUGCGCUGGCGCCGCCUCUUUUCUUCCACGCACUUCUUCCUGCGCGUGGACUCCAGCGGCCGCGUGCAGGGGACGCGCUGGCGGCACGGCCGGGACAGCAUCAUGGAGAUCCGCUCUGUCCGAGUGGGCACCGUGGUGAUCAAAGCUGUGUACUCUGGCUUCUAUGUGGCAAUGAACCGCAGGGGCCACCUCUAUGGGUCGCGGGUCUACUCUGUGGACUGCAGGUUCUGGGAACGCAUUGAAGAGAAUGGCUACAACACAUACGUGUCAAGGCGCUGGCGACACCGUGGUCGACCUAUGUUCCUGGCGCUGGAUGGCCGGGGGACUCCCCGAAGAGGGCAUUGCACAUGCAAACACAACACAAAAAGACAAAACAGGGUCGGAGUGACUCCGACACCUGUCCAGUCUCAACAGCCUGAGGACGCAGCAUCUCUGGAGUUGGGGACAGUCAUGCAUCUUCUGAGAGGAUCAGAGGCAGAGAAAACAGACACUGCACUGCCCACUCUGAAGCAGGAGGAAGGGGCCACAAGCUGAGGGAUGAGGUGCCUCUAGUUACUAGGGUGGGCAGGAUGUGGGUGCUGCCUGAGCCACUGGGGCCUGAGCCACUGGGAGGGACCAGCCCUGGCUGACUGGACCAAAGCCUGGGAGGCCAGUGUCAGACUCUGACCCCAGAAUUAUCAACAAUAAACACCUUAAGCCAAGACAUAUAUUAUGGUCACUUGUCAGUGGCAGAUACAUACUAUGAAUAUGGCUGAGGGCAGCCCAAAGCCAGCCUGGGCUCCAGCAGCUAUAUAGACCCAAGGUGCUGGUAUGAGAAAAGCCACUCAUGGUCCUGGGCUCUGCAGGUCCUAUACUGGAGGAUGGAGUGGUGUGAGCAGGGCCCCAGGGAUAGCCUGGGUCCCCUUUGUGGAAGCGGGGUGGGGACUCACAGGUGCAGGGUGAUGCCAGUGUGAUAUGGGCGAGCACUCAUAGGGGAAGAACAGGACAGAGGGCCCAGUCUUCCCCCAGCCAGAGUUGAGGUGAGUGUAAGCACCCAGGGCUGGAGGAUCCCCUGGUUCACAAACCGGUAGCUUCAAAAGGAAUUUGAAUCCUGCC